AUGGCCAGUACCCCGUGGAAUACAAAGAGCAAACUACCAGGGCCCGGGACAUCUCUCAAGAUCACGCCCUCCAAUUCACCCAUUCUAAGACCCGGUACACGAUCGCCCAAUAAACCCUCACCGCAUCAGUCCGUUUUAUCCUUACAGACGGUAAUCGGAACAACUACCGCUACACCCAAUGGCUUUUCUUCGCAUGAACCAAGCAGAUCAUUUGCUCUGUGCGUAGGGUCCGCCGCAAUAUUAGCGGAUAUUGACAGAGAUGGGACUGUCAAUCAACGCUUUUUUCGCGCACGCCCCACCGCAACUCCCGUGAACCCUGUCGUCUCUUUCUACAAUCAGCCUGCGAGUCCGACAACACCAGACAAUCGCAUUCGCUCUGUUACAGGCAGGGUAGCAAAUAGCGGGGGAAUCUCUCCUGCCGGAGAUUGGGCGGACUCAAGUGGUUCGCGCACAUGGACAUCGCGCGAGAGAAUCAAGGCCGUUACAAGCGUCGCAAUCAGCCCUAAUGGAAGGUUUCUAGCUGUUGGAGAGACUGGCUAUAAUCCUCGUGUUUUGAUCUUCUCCACAGCCGCCGAUGCACCUCGCGACAUUCCUCUUACAGCCUUGACUGAGCACACUUUUGGCGUGCGCAGUCUCGCAUUUAGCUCCAACUCGCAAUACUUAGCCACAUUAGGAGACAUGAAUGAUGGUUUUCUGUUUGUUUGGCAAAUUAAUCUGCGGACGGGGGCCGCGAGACUUCAUUCGACAAACAAAUGCACGUCUUUUAUUCGUGACAUGUGCUGGAUGGGUCAGACACUGAUAACUGCUGGUGUACGACAUGUCAAAGUUUGGCGGCUUGAAUCCCGACCUGGAUCCCCUUCGAAAUUACGCCCUAACAACGAGAACCUUUCGAGCUCUUUCUCCGGGAACCCGAAAGCUUUGUCCGGACGAAAUUGCCUCUUAGGCUCGUUAGGAGAGCACACCUUUACUUGCAUAGCUAGCGUGUCUGAUCGCGAAGCAAUUCUCUGUACAGACAGCGGCGCGAUCUGUCUGCUCGACGACAGUGAGGGUAACCAGAAGCUAACAGUCGUCAAACAUGUGCCUUUCGGUCUUACAUCAGUUACGGUUGCUCCCGAAUCUGGGGAUAUCUGGCUCGGUGGCCGAGGAAGGAGGUCUCUGAAACUGAGAAUGGAAGACGUACGAGAAUUAACGAAGCUCAGGUCGCCAUCUCCCACCUCUUCUGUUGACAGUAUCAAUUCGAAAGGCAAAGUUCCGACUUUUAUAUCGAUUGCCUAUCUGGCAACCCAUAUUGUUACCGUUGAUUCUUCCAGAGCCAUUCAUGUCUGUCCGGUUAAUGUAUUCGGGAAUGGGGACGACGGAGGUGCCCUGCGGGAUAGCCUGGUACCGGCUCAUCGAGACCAGGUGCUAGGUGUCAGGUCACUAGUAACUCCAAAUGUCUACAAGGCGGAUUUUUACACAUGGUCAUGUGAAGGUUCGGUUAAUUUCUGGGACAUGCAGGGUAGAUGUCGAGCUUCAAAGAAGGUCGAACUUGAACAACUGGCCUCGGGAGAAGAUGAGGUUGCCAAUGAGCUCAAAGUUCUACGAGUCACUGAAGAUGCAAACACCUUUGUGUCGGGUGAUCGAUAUGGCGUGCUGCGAGUCCUGUCUGCGGAGCCAUGGAAGUGUGUCAAUGAAGUGCGAGCUCACGGGACAGAGAUUACCGACAUCGUCGUCAAUUCCGCGUCUGGACUAUGUUUAAUUGCUAGCUCUGGGCGUGACCGCAUGGUGCAGCUUUUCAAGAAGACCGAGAAAAGCUUCGAACUGAUUCAGACAAUGGACGAUCACGUGGGAGCUGUUGGACAAUUACUCUUCAUGAAUGACGGAGAACGACUGCUCUCCUGUUCUGCAGAUCGCACAGUGAUCGUCCGUGAAAAGGCUUCCCGAGAUAGUGAUACGACCACGGUAAUAGCAUUUCUCAUGUCCAAGGUUAUCACGCUUAAGGUAUCACCACUAUCGAUGACAAUCGCCCCUGAUGACCCGGAUACUCUCGUUCUGUCGACACUUGACCGCCACAUACAACGUUUUGAUGUAGCCUCUGGUCGGCAUAUCCAUUCAUUUAAAGCUACUGAUUUCGAAACCACCGACGCUGUCGUCAUGAGCUCCUUAACUGUAGCUACUGAAAUUCCUGGGCAAAGCCCUCGCAUCCUCGUGGGGGUUUCUACCACUGAUAAGUCUAUCAGAGUCUACGACUUUGAACGAGAUGCAUUGUUGACUAAGGAGUUUGGUCAUUCUGAAGGUGUUAGUGAUGUUAUCUUGCUAGAGCGGAAGAAAAAUGAUAGCACUCAUGAAGUCGGCCGGAUUCUUGUUAGCACUGGCUUAGAUGGAGUGGUCAUGAUUUGGGACCUGUCGAUUCAGCAACUACAGGCUCAGGAAUUAUCACAAAGCAAUAUUCGAGACGAAGAGGAGACCCCAUCAAAGGAGCUCGUUGCUGCGAGACCUCCCCUUCGACGGAUACUCUCCAGGUCAGAGCUCGCUGGAUUUCGCCAGGAUGCUCUUAUGUCAACACCCACACCAACGCGUGAACAAUCUCCACCUCGCAUACGCAAGAAAACAUCCCGCUAUACACUUACCCCGACCAUGCCCAGAACCAUAGGGCGUAACGACUCACCACCACCUUUACCCAACAUCCGCCGCUCUCCUGUCCCUGUCCUCGACCCUCGAAGAUCCCCGUCUCCACCCAGUCCCAAAACCAAACUCGUCAACGGCGUAAAUCGCCGCUCAAGUAUAAACAACCUACGUACCUCAUCCAUUGAUUUCCGUUCAUCAACACGCACCAAGAAUUCCACACCCAGUGAGUUCGGAAGCCUCAAUAUGUCCACGGAGCAGGUCUGCCGGACAUUACGAGCCUAUCGCAAAAAGCUACAUAGCUCAACCGACUACCCUCGAGGAGCAAAAGAGCUUGAUCGAGAAUUAAACCUCACCAUCCACGCCCUAACCGAACGCGCAGCGCGACAUAACAGCCCCAGUCCCGAUACGGAGGUCGAUAGCAGCGAGAAAGAGAACAACAACAAAGAUAAUAAUAACCAUACUGGCAGUAAUGGUAUCGUACUUCGCCAUAAACACAGUGCCAAAAAGCAAUCAUCAUCUUCUUCAUCUUCGUCCUCGGCUACUGUAACUCUAGUGCCGAACGCGAAAUUAACUAAAGUCGCAAGACGAAUGCCGUCUACACCGUUAAUGUCAACGAAAUCGAGGACGAGGCAGGUUUCGAGGAGUCGGUCUCUGGAUGCUGAUGGCGAGGGGUGAUUUACUUUCUCCUCUUUCACGUCUUCAUAACUUAAUGAAUUUUUUCUACUCCAUGGCUGCAAAUGGGACUAAGGAGGGGCUUUUGGCUAGACAGGAUGGUUAGUCUUUUUACGGGGGCUCGGCUUAAUUGCUUUUCAUAUCAUGGAUCGAUUUUCAUUUUGAACAUUUGAGAACAUUUCAUGGCGUUUUUCUUUUUUCAUUGUCUGGUUCAUGGUGUGGUCUUCCUCAUUCUUCUUUCUUUUUUAUUUUCAUUGAUUACCUUGACCUCUCUGUGUUCUUCAGGGGUCCCCCUAUCCUUAUUUCAUACUAACAAUAAUUCAGAAGAUACCCAGCCCCCUUGCAAAGAAAGUUUCUAGAUGAAACAUGUCGAGGCAAAUUUGAUUUGAUUUUCAUCUCGCUC